AUGAACCCAAACAGAGCAGCGACCUGGAUCGCCUUCCGCUCUAUAGUCAAGCGAACGCUUACGACCUCAACGCCGAAACGAUAUAGCCCAAUAUACCGCCAACAGAGCCUACGACAGAAUCUCACCUCGACGGCAGUUCACAGUCGCAAGAUACCUAAGAACCACUUCACUAGCACCAGCCGAUUACGACUUGAGAAUAAACAACCAGAAAGCAGCGCGAUCAAAGGCAAUGAUGACCUGGAGAGGGAUCCUACGAGCAAGAAGCGUAAAGCUGCUGCCAAAAGACCAAACUCCCUGCGAAAGGUAGCAGUUGAAGCUCAGAGAUCCCAGCAAGGUCUAGUACGCGGGACUGGCAAGGGAAGACAUCUCUCUCCUGGAGCAGAGACCAAGGACGUCUCUGCUUUUUGCGCAGCUGAGAUCUACGAUCUUGGUAUCGCGAGAAUUGAGCUAGAGAAGCUGGGCUAUACGGCGGAUCCGUUCAAAACAGGCUUGUUCCCUCAAGUCUUGCAUGUUCAGAAACCGAGAAACACUGGAGCGAAAGAGAGCGGAGAUGUAUUUGUCUUUCCGAGCGGGUGUGCAGUAUUUUGGAAUGUCCAGGAACGCGUGGCGAGAGAGAUUGUGACCAAAGUGUUGCCUGCUGCAUCUGGAAAUACUUCACUAGUAGCGGAGAAACUGGAAGAGGAGGAGAUGGAGUAUGUCGAAGAUCCAAACAAAGAGACGAGCAGGAUUAUAGGAGACACGAUUAUCCUCGGCACAAAAGCUGCGUCCGAGAACCCAGACUCGAACGCGAAUGCCAGCGUGGAAUCCACUGGAGAAAGGGCGGAGGUGGACACAAUUCUUGCCAAAAUCGCAUUCUCAUCUGCGCUCAGCCGAUCCACCAAACUCGCUGUGCUUGAGAACAGCCUCUCUGCAUACUUUGCAUCUACGCAAUCAAUCCCGCUCACUUUGGCUUCUGGAAAACCACUUCGCUUUACUAGAGCGGAGAUCCUACAGAAGACAGGCGAACUGCUCUUGAUCCGCGCUCAGCUCAACCUCUACUCCGAACUGACGGACAGCUUGCCUGACCUCUUCUGGGACUCGCCCCACGAGCYUGGACUGGAGGGAUACUACGAGAUGGUUGGCAGAGCUUUGGAUGUUGGCGUUCGGAUCCGUGGACUGAAUGAGAAAAUGGACUACGCGGGCGAGAUCGCUGCGGUGCUUAGAGAGAGACUCUCGGAGAAGCAAGGAUGGAUGUUGGAGUGGAUGAUCAUUGGGCUUAUUUGCAUUGAAGUGGGGUUUGGGGUGGUGCAUCUUUGGCGAGAGGGAGAGAUGGUCGGUGAACUGGAAGAUGAGAGGCGAACUAGAGAGCUGUUGGAAAUUUGGUUAGAGAGAGAGCUAAAGACGGAGAAGUGA